ACCAGCCCCCACGGCGCACAAAGCGACGGCACCGCGAUGCCAGGCGUCGAGCCCUCGCCACGCUAGCGACCGCGACUGCUGCCACCUCAGCCGAGACAAAAUAUGUGAUAGCAGUGCAUGUGACAACGUAACUGUAGUGUUUCUUUUCAGAAUACUUAACUUCCGCUAACAUGUACAAGACGGUUCGGCAUGGCGAAAACAGCCUGCAGUACACCAUUCUGCCGCAAACUGAGGAGGUGCUCAAUAACAGCGGCCUUAAAGGCAAAGGCCGUGAUUAUAGCCCCUCGAUCCAUGUUCGACACUCUCGGAAAAGAUCGUCAGUGAAAUAUAUUCUGCUUGUGAUAUUCGGUAUAAUAGUAGCGUUGGCGUUGGCAUCUAUUCCACUUUAUGUUAUGAACGGAGCCCUGUACGCUCGCAGGAGCCAGCAAGACGUGAUUACGUCUUCGCCUCAUACGCCAGGUGGAAGGGAUAUAGUGAAGUCGCGCAAAAAGGAUCUUAAGGAGAUAUCGCCAGAACUGCUUUCAACACUAAUAUCAAAACUUGAAACGACUUCGACUACUACAUCUCCCACCACUGCAUCUACGACAGUUGCCACAACUAUAAUUAGUGAAAGAGCAACGACACCUCCAUGGACUAUGCCCGCUUUAAGGUCGUGGAAAAGCUCGACGUCUUCUACAACUAUUCCUCCCAUUCCGACUGAAGAUAUUGAGGAGAUACCCCUUAUAGGCACUCCCUCUGGUAGCAUUCGACGUCUCGAUCAGUACAUGUCGAAUAAACCAUGGGAGACAAAUAGUAAUAAUGUAAUACCACUAAAACCUACUGUAACACCCGAACCAACAGUGCGGAAUAUGUACAGAUACUACUCCCGGUCAUUCGUUCCGUCAGUUAAAACACCAACUGAUCCCCCAAAAGUGUUUGAGGAUGUGCUAAUUACUACGAAGGGUACUACGACGCGUGCCCCUGUGACGACCGAGAUCACGACCACCAGUGACUCUAAAAUGAGUGAAGAUUGGAAGGAUACUCUGCUUUCGGUUGAGGAUGAAGAGAGUUUCAAGUCACUGGAAGUGGAUGAGGUGUUCUCCCUUCCGCCGCUGAAGCCGAACACCGAUGGACCAAAUGCCGACGGUGACGAAGUGACGGUGUCCAAGGCGGGCGACGGAACGUGGUACGGGGCACGGUGGCCUUUCGUGGACACGUCAUCAUACUUUCAAUGGACGGGCUACUCCCCCGGCGACAACCUGCUGCUGCCGCUUCUGGUCGCGGCGCUCUCGUCAAUCGCGCUAGUGUUGCUGCUGGCGCUCGCCGUGCGCAAACGGAAGCGCAGCCACACCGCCUCAGCGAUUGGGCUGACCUCGGACCUGCAGGCAGACGACAACACGAACCUGCUCACGGCCGAAAACCCGGAGGACGCCGAGGAGUGAGCUCCGAUUCACAGCACUUCAAGCUUCUUCGAUCCAUCCUAGAAUGCUUCUGUACAUAUCGUGGGUUAGCAAACGGGUACCGCUAAAAUCGAAAUUUGAA